UGGAAGAGGAUUUUGUGGUUCAAGCUAAUGUUCCUGAAGAUGAGGAGGAGGAGAAAAUCGCUGAGUAUCCUUCUUGAGUACAGGAAGUCGAGUCGAUUCAUGGGGCUGAUUUGAAAAGUCAUGAGCAGGAAGGUGAAAAUGAGUUGGACGGUGAGAAGCCUUGAGUGCGUUGUCUUCUAGAUGAGCAAUUUGAUUUGCUUACCCUACGGGAGUAUGACAGAGACUGUGAUAGUGAUGAUGAUGGUUCAUUCACCGCUGAAAAUGAAUCCUUUGCACUGAAGCUGAAUCAUGCUCUUAAAGACCAUGUAAUGGAUGACCUUGAACUCAAUGACCAGUAUAGAGUUCCUGGUGAUUUCAUUCAUGGGAAUCAAGAAUCAAGCAAAGGGAAACAAAUGGACUUCUCUGCUGAUGUGAUCCGCAAGUGUGCAGAAUACGCUGAAAUGUACAGUAAUGAAAACCAAGAUAAUGCGGACAUGAUGGUUCUGCAGGAAAGCAGCGAUGAAUCUGAGGUGUGGGACUGUGGGACUAUUGUUUCUACUUAUUCAAAUCUUGAUAACCACCCUGGGAAAAUACAAGCUCCAGAAAAGCCUAGGAAGAGACUUGCCAUAGCUAUCUCCGGUGCUUCGAGUAACAACAAUCAUGUGAUUUCUCUUCGAGGAAAGGAGAAGCUUCCGGUGGAGUUUUUGCCAAUGGGUAGGAAAAAUGUCAUGGAAAAGGAGAAGAAAGCACCAAGCUUGGGAGAUCACCAGCAGAAGAGGAGGCCACAUGGUGAGGAGUCAAAGGAGGAAAAGAAAGAACGCAAGUCUGCUAUAAAAGAGGAGAGACGGGAAGCACGACGUGCAAAGAAAGAAUUGAAGGAACUAUACAAGUGUGAGGCUCAGCGGGCUCAGAAGGUUGCUGCUAUUUCAGCGCCAUCUUCUAUCCGUCUCAUGUAAGCUGCUGUUUGAGGGUGUUUUAUAACUCGACGCAACGUACUCCAGGAAGAUGGAAACAUGGCAGCAGAUACGCUAGCUUGGGAUGAAUGAUUGCAAGCCCAGGAUACUAAAAUCAGCCAGUUUUCUACAGUAAGGUUAACCUAGUAGAGAACCAAUCAUGAGUAUAAAUAGCUUACUGAAUUUUCUGUGAUGUGCUCAGGAUUUGUUUGUAAACAAGGCACACAGUUUUGUUGUUGAGCCUUUUAGUCAAAUGAAAUAUUACAGGUAAUGGAUGAUAAUGGCAUCAUGCCAAACAGAAAAAGGCAGAAAGUAAAAAAGAACAAGGAAAAUUAACAAUA